GCGGACGAGGCAUAUAAAUGGCUGGCAUUUUCCGUUUGGGAUCAUUCGUUGGUUUUAAGCUAAACGAUGAAGUGGAUGAUUCUUUUCUUAUCUGCCAUUGCCUUGGCAUCGGCUGGAGUGAUUCAACAUCCUUCAGAGUUGUUGCGCAGCUUGCACACGUUGAUGAGUGCGGAUGAGUUGGGUCGUACGUUCGGCGUCAACAAUUCGUCGCAAGUGGACGAUUAUGAGGUGGUCUACAUCCGCCGUCAUCAAGUUUUCGUAGCCGAAGAUCCUCUUCAGCGCGACAUUAGGCCCAAGACGAAGCGCAGCGGACCCAAUGACAACCAUGCUCAUUAUUCUUUCGCCGUCAACGGAAAGAAAUAUGACCUUAAAAUGCGACCAAAUAAUUUUCUCAUGGCGCCAAAUAUGAAGACGGUUGUGCGGAGUAGCGAGGGGCUUAACAAGGAAAUUGUGGAGGAACAUCCCAGAGGCCUCGAAUGCCAUUUCCUUAAAAUCGACGGUGGACUCGCAGCAGCUCUGAGUCACUGUACUGAAGAUGAUAUUCAUGGUUACGUGAUCGAUGGAGGAAAACCAAUGGAAAUCCGACCAAUACCACCCCGACUUCGACAGAUGUUGCAUCCUCCUUCCGAAGAGGAUAACGAAAUAAUCAUGGUUGGAGCUCAUAUUCUUCGCACGGUUGAUCCUUUACCUCAUCUUAAAGCUCAUCAGAGAAGCUGCGACGCGGACUUACCUGUACGGAUGAAACCGAUGCUUGCAAAGGAACCCGUCUUGGUGGAAUCCGAAUUAAAAGAAAAGAGGAAGGCUAAGGAUGGCAAGGGGAAUAAGGUUAAGGGCAAUGGAGCUUCUGGUAAAUCUAGUCAGGGCUCAAGUAAAAAUGCUCUCGAGAAAUCGAUCAGUGGCAAAUCUGCUCCAAACAAGAUCAUCGAGCUGGGAAUUUUUGUCGAUCAAGCAGCAAUGGGAUUGUUUAUGCCCUACCUAGGGGAAAAAGAAUAUGUGAAGCUCCGUGAAUUAGUGCUUGCCUUCGUCAAUGCGAUGCAAGCGUUGUAUCACCUCCCUAGCCUGGGCCAGCGAGUUGACCUUUCAAUCGUCUAUAUGGAAUUCCACGCAAAGGCACCGGCUAAUUUAAUCAGCAGUGGGGAGCGAGGGAAACUGCUUGAUUCCUUCUGUGCAUUUCAAACAAAACUCAACAAACCAUCAGAUACUGAAGCUGAGCAUUGGGAUAUGGCUCUACUGCUGUCUGGGCUUGAUUUUUAUGCUGUUGAAAAUGGGAAAAACAAUUAUGUAACAAUGGGUUUGUCCACUGUUACUGGAGUGUGUACUGAUAUUUACAACUGUGUGAUUGGAGAGUUUGGCAUCACUAAUCAACAGGGUCAGCCAUAUCCAUCCACUGGCUUCACAUCAGUUUAUGUUAUGGCUCAUGAAAUUGGUCACAAUUUGGGAAUAUCUCAUGACAGUUCUGGAAAUACCUGCACGGCAGAAGGUUUCAUCAUGAGUCCUUCACGUGGUGUGGUAGGAGAAGCUACAUGGUCGACUUGCAGCGCCAAAACUUUGGCUUCGAUCACUGAAACUUGCAUGAACGACAUUCCAUCAGGCAAGUUUCCCGAUUACAAUCACAACAAAUAUGGAAACAAACCUGGUCAACUUUGGACAGCAGACGAGCAAUGCCGAAUUCUUCUGAGGGAUAAGGCUGCUGUUGCUUACUUUGCUACCAAUGCUGAUAUAGCCGGAUCAUGUAAUUCGAUGAAAUGCAGAACGCCCAAUCGCGAUGGUUUCUUUACGUCUGGGCCAGCACUUCCAGGAACCGUCUGCGGGUCUUCGAUGUGGUGUGAUGGAGGAAGCUGCGUGCCGACAGGUCGUUCUGGCAUCAUACCAUCAAUCCAAGGUGGAUGGUCAGACUGGAAAAGCAAACCUUGCAGUUCAGGGUGUCUUCAGAAAUCCAAAGGAGCCAUUGUGAGUGAAAGAGAAUGCAAUAAUCCAAAGCCAAGUGAUGUGUUACACCGUUGCGAAGGUGCCAGUGUCAAAGUGGCCACUUGCGACGAUGCUCAGGUUUGCAAUGGAAAAUCACGAGUUACGCCUGUCGAAUUUGCCACCCAGCAGUGUGCCAAAUUCAGUCAAUUUAUACCAUUUAUCGACCCGAAAGGAACGGGCAUGCAAGCUGCUUAUUCAGACAAACGACUCUGGCAAUCAUGUGCCAUUUUCUGCAAGCGAAACGACCGAGAUGGCUUUUACACGCCACGUUUGGAUUUGAACAGUUUGCCUGAUGUCUCUGCUCAUUUUCCUGACGGCACUUGGUGUGGUAAUGACGGUCAAAAGGACCUUUACUGUCUUCAACGAUCUUGUGUGUCGACCGACGUAGCAGAAGGAUUGACUCGCAGUGUUGGAGGCAAACAUACUGAUUUCGAUUUGGCAAAUAACGCUCCGAUGACGGGUGAAGUCCACCACAAAAUCCCCGCCGCACUUGAGGAUUACUUUACGUUGGACAAAGAUGGAAAACCUGUGAAAGACGAAAUCGACGCCGAGACCCUAAAGGCCGCAGAAAACAGCGGAAAGAGCAACUCGGGUUACGAAGAUCACGAUUUCAUCACUUUAAAACCACCAAAGUAGAGCAAUGCCUAGAGAAUAGGAAAUAUCUCACAUGUACGAUGGGUAGGGGGGGUUUCGAAAAUGGCUUAUAUCAAGAUAUUUCAAAUUUUACUUACCCAUCAGGAAGGGUUUUGUUGUUGUUCUGGUCACUUUAAGGGGUAUAUGCACCAAUGGAUAAGGAGAGGUGAAUGGUUAUUAUCUAAUAUAUUGGAAUACAUGCAUUCAUAUCAUUCCUGA